GUCAAAGGUCGCCAAUAUGGCGGCGCCCGGGAACGGCAGAGGCGUGUAGCGGAGGAUGGCGCUGGCGGCCGGGACUCGGUUGGGGCGCCGGCUGAGCGGGCCUGGGCUGUGGCGCGGACACUGGACGGCGCCCGGGCGCUCGCGGAGCCGGCGCGAGACGGCGGAGGCCGAGGCGGACGCGCCCGUGUUCCAGUACGUGGGCGAGCGCGCGACCCGCGCCGACCGCAUUUUCGUGUGGGGCUUCAGCUUCUCCGGGGCGCUGGGCGUGCCCACCUUCGUGCUGCCCGGCUCCGGGCCCCAGCCCCGCGCCGGCUCGCGGCCGCGCCGCAGGAUCCAGGCCGUGCCCUACCGCCUGGAGCUGGACCAAAAGAUUUCAUCUGCUGCCUGUGGCUAUGGAUUCACAUUGCUGUCCUCUAAAACCAAGGAUGUUACGAAAGUUUGGGGUAUGGGGCUCAACAAAGAUUCUCAGCUUGGAUUUCACAGGAGCCGGAAAGAUAAAACGAGGGGAUAUGAGUAUGUUUUGGAGCCCUCGCCCGUCCCACUGCCACUGGACAGACCUCAGGAGACGCAGGUGCUGCAAGUCUCCUGCGGCAGAGCCCACUCUCUCGUUCUGACAGACAGCGAAGGAGUCUUCAGCAUGGGGAACAAUUCUUACGGGCAGUGUGGAAGAAAAGUGGUCGAAAAUGAAGUUUACAGCGAAAGUCACAAAGUCCAUAGGAUGCAGGACUUCGAUGGACGGGUGGUCCAGGUCGCCUGCGGUCAGGACCACAGUCUGUUCCUGACGGAUAAAGGAGAAGUGUAUUCUUGUGGAUGGGGCGCGGAUGGGCAAACAGGUCUGGGUCACUACGAUAUCACCAGCGCGCCCACCAAGCUGGCUGGAGACCUUGCCGGAGUGAACGUGGUCCAGGUGGCCACCUACGGGGACUGCUGCCUGGCUGUGUCGGUCGAUGGCAGCCUCUUCGGGUGGGGGAACUCCGAGUACCUGCAGCUGGCCUCGGUCACGGACUCCACACAGGUGAACGUCCCCCGGUGCUUGCCCUUCUCAGGAGUCGGGCGGGUGAAGCAGGCUGCGAGUGGGGGGACAGGCUGUGCUGUAUUAAACGGAGAAGGACAUGUUUUCGUCUGGGGCUAUGGAAUUCUUGGGAAAGGACCAAACCUCAUGGAAACUGCCCUUCCAGAAAUGAUUCCACCCACUCUCUUUGGCUUGACGGAGUUCAACCCAGGAGUCCAGGUUUCCCGCAUUCGCUGUGGACUCAACCACUUCGCCGCCCUCACCAACAGAGGAGAGCUCUUUGUGUGGGGCAAGAACGUCCGAGGGUGCCUGGGAAUCGGUCGCCUGGAAGACCAGUACUUCCCGUGGAGGGGAAAGGGCACUCUGGUCUGUUCCCGUGACGGCUGCUUUCAUGCCCCACACCAUUGUCUCCCCUUGUGUGUCUGUGGAGCUCCUUCACCCACGUGUCACCUUUUGGUCGGGAGGAUGGCGCUGAGGUCCGUGCCGGCUCCAAGAUGCGAGGCUGGGGCUCUGGGAGAGUGGUGGUGACAGGAACCAGGUUUUCGAUCAACUAGGUUGGAUUCCUUAAAGGGGACACGGGUUUGAGCCCUGGUCCGGGAAGAUCCCACAUGCCGCGGAGCAACUAAGCCCGUGCGCCACAACUACUGAGCCCGUGCGCCACUACUGAGCCUGCGCUCUAGAGCCCACGAGCCACAACUACUGGGCUCACGUGCCACAGCUACUGAAACCGGCACGCCCAGAACCCGUGCUCUGCAACAAGAGAAGCCACUGCAAUGAGAAGCCUGCACACCGCAAGGAAGAGUAGCCCCCGCUCACCACAACUAGAGAAAAGCCCGCGCACAGCAACAAAGACCCGACGCAGCCAAAAAUAAAUAAAUAAAUAAAUAAAUAUAUUUUUUAAAAAAGGCGGAGCCAAGAAUGAGACUCAGAAUUUCUGACUUUAAGACGUCACCAUGGUCCCCCUCCUCUGCGAGGGCCUGAGCUGGGCUCCCCUGGAGUCCCCACAGUGGAGGGAGGGCGAGGCAGAGGUGGGGACCCUCUGCCCGAUGGCAGCCCUGCGGGCCUGGGAACAGGACACUGGGGAGAGCUUCUGAGCGGCCCCACCCCCACCCAGGCCAUGCCCUCACUUUCCAUCGCACAUGACCGCCAUUCUCAGGGCCCGGAGCUGUCCCGGGGGCCGGUGCUUUGCACCGUCUCUCUUAUCCUCAGAACAGCCUGUGAAGGUUGGGCUGCCCCCCAGCCUGCACCCGUGCACACUGACUUCUUCAGGAUUUGAAGCCGCUGGCCCAGUCUCCCAGCUGCGCAGUGGGUGGGCUGCGACGUGAACUCGGUGCUCUGAGUGCAGACUAUGCUUCCCCCUCACCGUGCGCCUCUCUGGUGGGGCUUGGGUUGGAGCACAAGCUGGGAACCCUCUGCUUGCUGGGCCUCUUUCUUACCUGGCUGCUUCAGGAGCCACAGGCCCCGGCAGUUCUGACGCCCCAGGGGAGGGCGCGCCGCAGGGGCUGGGCCUCCUCGCAGGCCGAGCGGCUCCCCUCCGGGGUGCGGCCUGGCUUCUGGGCGCAGCCGAGUGGGGACACGGCAAGUCCGGUGGCCGGAUCACAGCUGGUCCAGCGCUCCUCCUCUGCCGUCGUCUGUGCUUCACCUGGGGGGGGUUGUGUCUUGGGAACUUGUCCUUGUGCAGAGAGCUGUUCCUACACUGAUUCUGCUGAAACUUUUCAGAGUCACUCAGGCCAAAUAUGGUUCGUUUUCUGGAACUGUUUGCCUUUGCAACAAUGUGAGUGUAAACUGGUUUAGAAUAGAAACUCCUUUUAACCCUGAUGAGGCCACAAAUAAAACGUGGCUGAGGGCAGCCUUCUCUUGGACUCAGUUCAGAGGCUGCACUGAGAGGCAGUUUGGGGGGGGGGCUGGGGCCUCGGGAGCCACCUGCUGCUCCCCAGGGAGGCUCCUGGGGCCGGCGUCAGCCACGACCAUCGUCCCGGCGAGUCAGCCAAGGCGAGGUGGCUCCCUCUGCUUUGGGUUCUGAUGGUCACAGCCCUUGGGGAACAAGGACAGAGGUGCCUAAGUGUGACAGCUCGGCCGCAGGUCAGCGCGGAGCGUGGCCCUUUCCUGGGGGAGGUCAAUAAAGGUGCUCUCGUGGCCCGGGGAGGUUGCUAGGAGCUCACCUGGCCUGGUCAGCCCAGGCAGCACGUUUUCUUCUGCUUCUAUGGCCAGCCUGGAACGCUUUCUGCAGCUCUGGGCCUUUGCGAUGAGCUGAGGGCACCGCUGCAUGUUUGUUCAGUGAUUUCUGUAACAGGUUUUGCUGAAGGCGUUUGUUUAGGGACGGGUGAGUAGCACGACUUGGUUACUAGCAUCCGUUUGCCUUGUGGCCGGGAGACCCUAAUGGACUUGUCUCUGAACGGUUGACGUUGCUGCCUCUGGGCUUUUAGGGCAGGCCAUCUGGACGAGGCCUUUCCUUCCAAAGCUCAGUAAACUCCGCAGGCUGUUACAGAUCCCUCUCCAGCUGUCACGCUGCCCCGCUGCGCGCUGCCACUGGGGAGGGACGGCAGGAUUGGGGUCCGGUCAGAAGAGCAGCGUCAGCGUCCUGGCAGGGGCUGAGGGGGAGGUGCAGGUGCAGGUGCAGGUGCGCCGUCUUCGAAGUUGCUCCCUGAGGAGACACUACGCUCGCACCAGCUUUCUGCGUCUAGAAUCUCUGGAAAGACAAGAAACCAGUUAAAAGUAGUUUCCAGUUCAGGGGGAAGGUGGGGAGCAGGGCAUAUGAUGACAGGGUGGCGUCCAAAGGUAUUUAAUACCUUUUCUUCUUUUCUACUGAAUGUCAUUUUCUAUCGUAGCCACGUGGCUAUCACCUAUUCAAAGUAAUAAUAGUAAUAAUAAUAACAUUUAUAAUAAUAAUACAACAAGAGGAGAAAGCAAAGUGCCCCUCUCCUGGAGAACUGGGGGGCUGUGUGCACCUGGAGACCCCACCUGUGUUGUGGGCACCAUGGAGUUUGGCGGGAGGGGGCGUCCGUCUCCACGGCCCAGCUGUGGGACAGUGAGAGUCACCUUCAGGGCCCGCAGGCUGGAGCCUCCACACCCGCACGAGGCUGUGUGCACGCCACCCGGAGGGCUGGGCCUGCCUGGGAAGAAGUGGUGGCAGUGUGGGUGGCAGUGUGGGUGGCAGUGUGGGUGGCAGUGUCGGCAGGGCUGCCAGCCAGGCCUCUGGCACCUUCUGAGACGCAGUAAACACCCCUCCUCCGGGGUGCACAGGACCUGGGAGCAGCCUGCCUGGGUCUGGAGCUGACGGGUAGAGCGGGUGAAGACACUGGGCUGGGAGGCCUCCUUCCCACAGUGGACCCUGAGGGUAGGGCAGGGCAGGAGGGUUUCUGGAGCUGCUCCAGGGAGCUGUCUGGUGACCCCUGGGAAGGGUCACUGAACAGCUGGCUUGAGCGCAGGUUGACCUCUGGGGAGUCACACAUGGGGAAUGGCCUCUGUGGGGUGUGCACGUCCCAGGACGGUGCAGGCAGGGUCCGUGCACAUGCCCAGAGUGGCCUCUCGCGGGGGUGUUGCCCUGGUCUGGGUGGGGAGUCAGGAUGGCCCUUCCCACGGUGGGUGCAUCUACCCUUCCCAGCAGACCUGCCGGGUGGGCGUAAGCACCCCAUUUCCAGGUGAGGGAGCCGAGGCUCAGAGCGGUUAGGUCACUUACCCAGAGCAGAGCCAGGGUCAGGCCCUUGUUCGGCCACCGCCAGGCCAUCCCUCCUCACGGUGUGCUGGGUCUUGUC